AUGACGCAGCCAAGAAGCCAUUUUCGACUGGUGACAGUGAACACGGCACCGCAGCGUGCCAAGCUCCUUAUUGGACGUGUUGUCGAGGCUUUGAAGGAUGACUACAUCAUUGAUCAUAUCGGCAACUGCGAAUCCAUACAGGAGGUAGAGUCCAAGGUCCGGGAGUUCAAGCCAGAUGUCUUGCUGGAAGCCCAGGUCGACUCGCUCUCUAAGCUCUUGAAGACCCAGCAGACUCACCCUCCGACAGCGCAAGCCGACGCAGACGUGCAUCAUGAUUUUGCGCGUGAUCCUGCAGAGGAUCACAUCGAACUUCCCAGGUCUAGUCAUCAAGCGAUACCGACACUCGAUGCAGGUCCUACACCCGCUUCGUUGAUGCACCCACCUAAUGAGGAAGUCUCUGGAGUCAACCAGCACACCAGGAACAUGGAGUUCUACGGCAGCUCAUCCUCGAUGGCAUUGCUGUCCCAUGUCCAUGGUGGAAAUGUCGGUAAUACCGAAAGUGGCACCCUGCUUUCAAAUCUACACAACCCAGCUUUCACUCCGCCAGAAACCAACAGAAAAGCCGCCACGACGGCGAAGGAUGACGUCCCUGGCCGAGCAGCUCACUUUCCCCAAUGCCGAGGCUUCCUGGACAAUCAUUUCUCAGCUCUACACUACAUCCAUCCCGUCCUGGACAAGGCAGAGUUCUUCGAGCGCUGCGAAGCCCUGUGGACUGCAACCGAUGAUCAGUCGCCAAGCUUUACUGCGCUUUACUACAGCGUACUAUCGGUCGGCGCAAUAACUAGUCCUCGCGAUGAUGAGCCUCUCGGAGGCCUCGACAACCUUCAAUGGAGUCGUUUCCUGUUCAAGGAAGCUACGUCAAGGUGUGGGCAGCUGAACAUGGUGACAGACCUCAACAUGGUACAAAGCUACUUGUUCCUUGCAAAGGUCUGCCAGAACGAAAUCAUGCCACACUGGGCAUACAUGUACAUCGGCAUGGCAGUACGUACGGCUCUCGCGAUAGGAAUCAACCGAUCGUCGGGCCCGAAUACCCGCAAACCACCUGCUCAGCUCAGAGCUGAGUCGCGAACGUGGUGGGGUCUCUACUCACUGGAAACAGAAACGUCGUUUGCUAUGGGCAGACCAGACACCCUUGGCGCGGACUUAUACCACAAUCAACGCUACCCAUUGAUCAGAGGUGUGGAUCUGGGUGAAGCGGAUCGUCUGGAACCACCUCACUGUGCUAUCAUAAAGAGUAUGGUCGACUUCUCUCGGAUCACAAGACAGGUUUGUUUUGGUGUCUACCUAACUGAAUUCAACCUUGCCCGGACUCUUGACACGGCCAUACAGAUGGAACAGUCUCUCAACAACUGGAUAUCAGCCUUACCUGAAGAUAUCCGUCCACGGCUCUAUACAGACCUGAUGCCUUCAUUGCAAGACGCCAGAGCGCCUCGAUGGAUGAAGAGACAACGGCUGGUACUGACAAUCAGAUAUCACAAUCUUCGGAUUCUCAUGUUCGGCACAUUGCUACUUCGGUCCACGAAAGAGGAGCGAUUGGCUAUCCCAGCCUCGCAGGAGUGUGUUCAGAAAUGCCUCGAUUCCGCGAAGCGGACCAUCGAAACUAUAUACGAGACUUUGCAACACAACGACUUCUUCCGGACCUGGUUCUAUAACACCACGUACAUAGUUUUUGCCGCCAGCAUCAUCCUGGUCUACCUCACACGAGAGGCAUCCAAUGCCACUUCCCAGCCGCUGCACCGACUCGUUGGUCUGGCCAUUGACAUCUUGGAACUUAUGAGCGAAAGCGUGGUAGCUCAAGAGGCCGCAAAGAUGCUCAGGAGAGCUAAAGAGGCCGUGGAGCAAGGUCCUGAGGUGAGUGUAGAGGUUAUCGAAGAUAGCCGUCUUCUCAACCAGUACUGGGGCCGGCUUGAGUUGGGCACCGAAGAUGUGGACUUCGACAUGAUGUUCCAGCUUAGUGGCUAUGACAACGACAAUUUCUUGAUGCCGUUUGAACCACAAUAA